GUAACAGUCUCUCGUUGAUCGUUCUUUACAUGGUUUCAAACAUACCAGCUCAAAUGGUAAAUGCAAGAAUAAAUUGUCAUUAAUUGUUCUUGAAAUGACGCCGUGACAUUGUUGAACGCGUCAUGUACUACCUAUUGCAGUGAUCACGAUAAGCAAUCACGUCUGCGGUCUGAUUUUAAGUUUUAUGGAUUCAAAGAAGAUAACGUGCUGCGACUCGUAACGUAGCGCAGAAGCAGAUUCGAUUGUAGUGUUCUGUUGAAUCAGUGUGUUGAAUGCAGCAGCUCGACAAUGGCGGAAGGACCGGAAUUAAGUUUUUUCGAUUUGCGCGUGGUACAUGAUCAUUUUGAUCAAGCUCUCGUGGAAAAUGACGAUAUCGAUCUGAAAGCAUAUUUAGAGGCCUACAAUGAACUGUACAAAUUUUUUCAGCUAAUGGGCAGUGUCUUCAGCUUCGUCUCUUCUGAUCUGAAACAAAAGAUAGACAUCUUGAAUGACUUGAAAAACAAAAAUACUCAGAAUUAUACGACUGUCAAAUCUAUGAUCGAAUAUGAGCGAGAAAACAAGCUUUUAGAGAAAUCCGAUUUUGUCAAUGGCGCACGUACUUUAUUACGACUACAUAGAGGUUUAGAUUUUAUCAAAGAAUUUUUACAACAACUCGGCGAUCUCACAGAUGUUGAUAAGACAACUUAUUGUUGCCAAGACGCAUAUAACAAGACCCUAGCCAAGCAUCAUCAGUGGGUGGUCAGAAAAGCAGCAGUAGUUGCAAUGUACGCUAUGCCCACUAGGGAGGCAUUAUUCAAAAAGGUUUGCGGUGAAAAUGUUCAACGGAACAUAGAUGUCUUGCCGAAAAUGUUGGAAGUGACUGCCGACGUGUUCAACCGCACUGACAGCAUUUAUGAAACUUAUCAAUUGCACACUUUACCAUAAGCAAUCGUAGAAAAUAAAAACGAUACUUCAUCUAACAUUUUUAGCUUCUCGAAGCAUGGCACGCGACAUUCCACAUUUUCGAGAUAUUGUGAUAUUAUUGCAUUGUAAUACUAACAAGAUAUAAAAUACUUUAAUAUUUUCAAUUU